AUGUCGUCCAAGCCCGAACACUCUGAUUUCCCCAGUAUAGGAGACAUAGGGGAUCGGAUGAUUGAGGACCACCAGAGCAGCAUAGGCUUACUCGCCCUCUACAAAGGCAAACUGGUCCUCAGUGUUGUUUUCAGCACAGAUACCGGCGGAACCGCAGUUAAUUUCCGCUUGGCUAAGUCCUCAGGCAUCCGAAAGCCGCGGAAGAGAUUGGCAUCGCGGAAUUUGCGGGCUUUUUGCUUCCAGAUCCUUCAGAGCCCACGAUGCCAGUUCAGCUGCUUUGAAACGUGUCCCAGCAUUGAGAUUAUCAAUGACUGGAAAUUGAGCCGCCAGCUAGGAUCGAGACCGUCCCAGCCACUGGGAUUGAAGCCCUGA